GGCGUCGCUCCGCCGGUGACGUCACUGCGGAGGGUUGCUCCGCCGGCGUGGUGUUGUCUUCUUCCUCCCGUCGCCUUGAUCGCGGCGGGCCGGCCGGCCGGAGGAGCUAUGGGGAAGCAGCAGUUUCGCGAGACGGACGUGGCCAAGAAGAUAAGCCACAUCUGCUUUGGGAUGAAAUCUCCUGAAGAAAUGAGGCAACAGGCUCACCUCCAGGUGGUUAGUAAAAAUUUAUACAGCCAAGAUAACCACUCUCCUCUUCAAUAUGGCGUAUUGGACCAUCGCAUGGGUACAAGUGAAAAGGAUCGUCCCUGCAAAACCUGUGGAAAAAAUCUGGCAGAAUGCUUGGGGCAUUAUGGCUACAUUGACCUGGAGUUACCUUGUUUUCACGUGGGAUACUUCAAAGCUGUGAUAGGCAUUCUCCAGAUGAUUUGCAAGACGUGUUGCCGUAUCUUACUAACCACCGAGGAACAGAAACAAUUUUUGGAUUAUCUGAAGAGACCUGGUUUGACCUAUCUCCAGAAAAGAGGCUUGAAGAAAAAGGUCUCCGAAAAAUGUAGGAAGAAGAACACUUGCCCCCAUUGUGGUGCUUUCAAUGGCACCGUAAAGAAGUGUGGCUUGCUAAAGAUCAUCCAUGAGAAGUAUAAGACCACCAAAAAGAUUGUGGACCCCCUGGUGUCUGAUUUCAUUCAGUCCUUCGACACUGCAAUAGAACACAACAAAGAGAUCGAAUCUUUACUGGGAAAAGCCCAGGAGAACCUGAACCCCUUAAUGGUGUUGAACAUCUUGAAGAGAAUUCCUGCAGAAGACAUCCCUCUUCUUCUGAUGAACCCAGAAUCAGGGAAGCCUUCAGACUUGAUCCUGACCCGCCUUUUGGUUCCACCACUCUGCAUUCGGCCUUCUGUGAUCAGUGACUUGAAAUCCGGCACCAACGAGGAUGAUCUAACAAUGAAGUUGACAGAAAUCAUUUUCCUUAACGAUGUGAUCAAAAAGCAUAGAAUAUCUGGAGCCAAAACUCAGAUGAUAAUGGAAGAUUGGGAUUUCCUGCAGCUACAAUGUGCCCUGUAUAUUAACAGUGAACUUUCUGGCAUUCCCCUCAACAUGGCGCCCAAGAAAUGGACCAGAGGCUUUGUGCAACGGCUCAAAGGGAAGCAAGGUCGUUUUAGGGGAAACUUGUCUGGAAAACGAGUCGAUUUCUCAGGCAGAACAGUGAUCUCUCCUGACCCGAACCUGAGAAUUGAUGAAGUGGCUGUACCUGUUCACGUGGCCAAGAUUCUCACCUUUCCUGAGAAGGUAAACAAAGCCAACAUCGCCUUCAUGAGGAAACUUGUACGUAAUGGUCCAGAAGUCCAUCCCGGUGCCAACUUCAUCCAGCAGAGGCAUACACAAAUGAAACGGUUUUUGAAAUAUGGAAACCGGGAGAGGAUGGCACAGGAGCUGAAGUAUGGAGACAUUGUAGAGAGGCACCUGAUCGAUGGAGACAUAGUCUUGUUUAACCGCCAGCCCUCUUUGCACAAGCUCAGCAUCAUGGCUCACAUAGCUAAGGUAAAGCCGCACCGGACUUUCCGGUUCAACGAAUGUGUUUGCACGCCAUACAACGCCGAUUUUGACGGCGAUGAGAUGAACCUUCAUCUUCCUCAAACCGAAGAAGCCAAAGCCGAAGCACUUGUCCUGAUGGGGACCAAAGCCAACUUGGUAACCCCAAGGAAUGGAGAACCGCUGAUCGCUGCAAUUCAGGAUUUUCUGACAGGUGCUUAUCUCCUCACGCUAAAGGACACUUUUUUUGAUCGAGCGAAAGCGUGUCAGUUGAUCGCCUCUAUUCUGGUGGGCAAGGAUGAAAAAGUGAAAGUUCGCCUCCCACCUCCAGCAAUUCUUAAGCCGGUCACCCUGUGGACAGGAAAGCAGGUCUUCAGUGUCAUUCUGAAACCUGGAGACAGUUGUCCCGUCAAGGCCAAUCUCAGAACCAAAGGCAAGCAAUACUGCGGCAAAGGAGAAGAUUUGUGCAGUAAUGACUCCUAUGUUGCAAUCCACAACAGCGAGUUGAUGUCUGGCAGCAUGGACAAGGGGACGUUGGGAUCCGGAUCGAAGAAUAAUAUAUUCUACAUUUUACUGAGAGAUUGGGGCCAAGUGGAGGCAGCUGAUGCCAUGUCAAGGUUAGCCAGACUGGCUCCUGUCUACCUCUCUAACCGUGGCUUUUCCAUUGGAAUUGGCGAUGUCACCCCUGGCCAAGGCUUGCUGAAGGCAAAAUAUGAACUUCUGAAUGCCGGCUACAAGAAAUGUGACGAAUAUAUUGAAGCCUUGAAGACUGGAAAGCUACAGCAGCAACCUGGCUGCACAGCGGAGGAAACCCUAGAGGCCCUGAUUCUGAAGGAACUGUCUGUUAUCCGAGACCACGCGGGCAGUGCCUGCCUUAGAGAACUAGACAAAAGUAACAGCCCCCUCACGAUGGCCGUUUGUGGUUCCAAAGGAUCCUUUAUUAAUAUAUCCCAGAUGAUUGCUUGUGUAGGCCAGCAAGCCAUCAGUGGGUCCCGUGUUCCUGAUGGCUUUGAAAACCGAUCCUUGCCUCAUUUUGAGAAGCAUUCCAAGCUUCCAGCCGCUAAAGGUUUUGUGGCCAACAGCUUCUAUUCUGGGUUGACACCCACCGAAUUUUUCUUCCACACCAUGGCUGGUCGGGAAGGUCUUGUCGAUACAGCUGUAAAAACAGCCGAAACAGGAUACAUGCAGAGACGGUUGGUGAAAUCCCUUGAAGAUCUUUGUUCUCAGUAUGACUUGACCGUCAGGAGUUCUACGGGGGACAUUAUACAGUUCAUUUAUGGUGGGGAUGGCUUAGAUCCUGCGGCCAUGGAAGGAAAAGACGAACCUUUGGAGUUCAAGCGCGUUCUGAACAACGUCAGAGCCGUGUAUCCCAGCCGAAGCGAGCCUGCGCUUAGUAAAAACGAACUGGUGCUAACCGCCGAAUCCAUCAUGAAGAAAAACGAAUUCCUUUGUUGCCAGGACAGCUUCCUGCAGGUAUGGUUUUGUUUCUACCUCCCUUUUCCAUGCCAAGGUCAUUUUUCCUUCUUUCAAACUCGGAAUGAAUGCCCUUCUAUUCCUCUCUUGAUCCAUUCAAUAAACGGACUUCCAUUUAAUCUUUGUUACGGCUAUGUGGCCUAUUAUAAGCCCUACGUUUUAUACCAGUUGGACCGAAUCACUCCAACCCAGCUGGAAAAGUUUCUGGAGAUCUGCAGAGAGAAGUAUAUGAGGGCACAGAUGGAGCCAGGCUCUGCAGUGGGAGCGCUCUGUGCGCAAAGCAUCGGGGAGCCCGGCACGCAGAUGACCCUCAAGACUUUCCAUUUUGCUGGUGUGGCCUCCAUGAACAUCACCUUAGGGGUGCCCAGGAUCAAAGAGAUCAUCAAUGCCUCCAAAGCCAUCAGCACGCCAAUUAUCACUGCCCAUCUCGACAUAGAUGAUGAUCCUGAUUUUGCCCGUUUGGUCAAAGGAAGAAUAGAAAAAACACUUCUGGGAGAGAUAUCGGAGUACAUCGAAGAAGUCUUCCUUCCUGACGACUGUUUCAUUCUUGUCAAGCUUUCUUUGGAGAGGAUUAGGCUGCUGCGGCUGGAAGUUAAUGCGGAGACUGUGAGAUAUUCCAUUUGCGUCUCGAAGCUCAGAGUGAAGCCCGGGGAUGUGGUGGUCCACGGGGAAGCGGUAGUCUGCGUUACUCCCCGUGAGAAUAGCAAGAGCUCCAUGUAUUAUGUCUUGCAGGCUCUGAAAGAAGAGCUGCCAAAAGUUGUAGUGCAAGGUAUACCAGAGGUGUCUCGUGCUGUCAUUCAUAUUGACGAACAGAGUGGAAAGGAAAAGUACAAAUUAUUGGUGGAAGGUGACAACUUGAGAGCUGUCAUGGCCACUCAUGGGGUAAAAGGAACCAGAACGACAUCGAACAACACUUAUGAGGUUGAGAAAACCUUGGGCAUUGAAGCUGCACGAACCACUAUUAUCAGUGAAAUCCAAUAUACUAUGGUAAACCACGGAAUGAGUAUUGAUCGGAGGCAUGUCAUGCUGUUGUCAGACCUAAUGACCUACAAGGUUUGGGGUGUUGUUUUUUUCCAUUAUGUAUACAAUUACUCAUUCUUUCCCUGCUCUCAUCCUGAAAAAAUAUAUAAAGGAAGAAAAAUGCUAAGAAAGGCUUGGCAAUAAUACCAGCGUGAGAUUUGGGCAGGGGCCCUUCUCCUUUAGAUUGGAGAAGGCUUUCCAUUGACAACUUGUGUACUGCAUGAGCCAGAAAGAGGGCUGAGAAAGUAUCUACAGACCCCCUCACAUCCUGCACAUAAACUAAUUCAACUCCUUCCCCUGGGAUGCCACUAUAGGGCAUUGGCAACCAAAACAACUGGAUACAAGGACAGUUUUCUGCUCUGCUUCCCACAGCAUUGUCUU